CGCGCCUCUUGGCCACACAGUACCUCCAGCAUCUAAGCAGAUUUAUGUGCGCUGGCGCAACGAGUCUGUUUGUUUUAUAAACCAUUGUAAUUAUUCGAAAUUUGUUUAGUGUAAUUUAUGGUUCGGUCGCGUGCACUCUUUCCGAAAUUUGUUGCGAUAUAAAUUCAGUCGUUGCGAAGUGUUUAAAAUAAUAAAAAAAUUAAUCGUUAAAAUGGCCACUCUUGUGCAAGCUCUACUGUUUAUGUGGCUGUGUUAUCAGAAUUUAUGUAUUACUUAUGGCGCUACACUUUCUCCGCUACGUAUUAGUCAUCCUGUGAAAUCUCAGCAAAGAAAUAAUGAAUAUUUACCACCCUAUACAACAGAGGUUGUUGCCGAGAAAUCCAUUAAUUACAGUUCCAACACUGUGCGACCACCUUCCACAUACCAAGCGCAGCAAGCGAACAAAAUGCACCAACAAACACAACAGUUUGCCAGCAAAAACUUAAGUAACUCACAACAAUCUCAAAACAAAAAUCUCUACACCUCGUAUGCAGCACCGGCCUCAGGCUCGGCACCAUUUUUAUACUCGCAACCGCAACAAGCCAAUCAAGUGCCAUUGCCCACACUCUUUCCCAAGUCCUUGGUAGAGCACCUUUCACCAGCAGCGCAAACGCCAACACAAAUGAAAAUGCAACAAUUACAACAACGUCAGCAACAACAGCAGCAGCAGCAGCAACAACAGUCACUAUACACCGAUUACACGAAGCAAUUAACCAAUGAGCUACCACUCGCCAAUACACCGUUGCUCAUGGUCGAAGAGCCCACCUCGUCACUGCUUACGCCUAGUCAAAAUCUUACCUUGGAGGCGGCACGCAUUUUAGCGUCCACUUUAUUGGAAGCGAAUGGUGAAGCACCGCUAGAAACACCAGGUCUAGCACCGCUUUCGAAUCCCAGCGCUUUGGAGCUGCCAAAUAAGCUCAACAGCACCGAUGUUUUGAUCUUGAAAUCGCAGAAGAACGCCUACAUAAUACCAGCGCCAUUGGCCAAAGAUGCCAGAAAUCCGUCCAACGCACGAGCGCUCUAUCAAAUGCGCGAUCAAUUGGACAAAGCUUACACCAUAAAUCAAUUUGUGUUCAUCAUCAAACCGGAGCGAAUCAAUUUCUUGAAUAAAUUGGUUUAGAGCACAGCGAUUUGAUUAAUUGCUUAAUUCCGCAAGCGUUAAUUUUUGUUUGUUUAAGUGUCAUACAUAUGUUAUUUUAGUAUUAUUGUUGUUGUUUAUAAUAAG